AUGGCGGCUCUGGUCACGUCCCAGCUCGCCACCUCCGGCACCGUCCUCAGCGUCACCGACAGAUUCCGGCGUCCAGGUUUUCAGGGCCUGAGGCCCCGGAACCCGGCGGAUGCGGCGCUCGGCAUGAGGACUGUCGGAGCGAGCGCCGCCCCAAAGCAAAGCAGGAAACCGCACCGUGGGAACCGGCGGUGCCUCUCCAUGGUGGUGCGCGCCACGGGCAGCGGCGGCAUGAACCUCGUGUUCGUCGGCGCCGAGAUGGCGCCCUGGAGCAAGACUGGCGGCCUCGGCGACGUCCUCGGGGGCCUCCCCGCCGCCAUGGCCGCCAACGGUCACCGGGUCAUGGUCAUCUCCCCGCGCUACGACCAGUACAAGGACGCCUGGGACACCAGCGUCAUCUCCGAGAUCAAGGUCGUUGACAGGUACGAGAGGGUGAGGUACUUCCACUGCUACAAGCGCGGGGUGGACCGCGUGUUCGUCGACCACCCGUGCUUCCUGGAGAAGGUCCGGGGCAAGACCAAGGAGAAGAUCUAUGGACCCGACGCCGGCACUGACUACGAGGACAACCAGCAGCGCUUCAGCCUUCUCUGCCAGGCAGCACUUGAGGUGCCCAGGAUCCUCGACCUCAACAACAACCCACACUUUUCUGGACCCUACGGGGAAGACGUGGUGUUUGUGUGCAACGACUGGCACACGGGCCUUCUGGCCUGCUACCUCAAGAGCAACUACCAGUCCAAUGGCAUCUAUAGGACGGCCAAGGUGGCAUUCUGCAUCCACAACAUCUCGUACCAGGGCCGCUUCUCCUUCGACGACUUCGCGCAGCUCAACCUGCCCGACAGGUUCAAGUCGUCCUUCGACUUCAUCGACGGCUACGACAAGCCGGUGGAGGGGCGCAAGAUCAACUGGAUGAAGGCCGGGAUCCUGCAGGCCGACAAGGUGCUGACUGUGAGCCCCUACUAUGCUGAGGAGCUAAUCUCUGGCGAAGCCAGGGGCUGCGAGCUCGACAACAUCAUGCGCCUCACUGGGAUCACCGGCAUCGUCAACGGCAUGGACGUCAGCGAGUGGGACCCCAUCAAGGACAAGUUCCUCACCGUCAACUACGACGUCACCACCGCGUUGGAGGGGAAGGCGCUGAACAAGGAGGCGCUGCAGGCCGAGGUGGGGCUGCCGGUGGACCGGAAGGUGCCCCUGGUGGCGUUCAUCGGCAGGCUGGAGGAGCAGAAGGGCCCCGACGUGAUGAUCGCCGCCAUCCCGGAGAUCGUGAAGGAGGAGGACGUCCAGAUCGUUCUCCUGGGCACCGGGAAGAAGAAGUUUGAGCGGCUGCUCAAGAGCGUGGAGGAGAAGUUCCCGACCAAGGUGAGGGCCGUGGUCAGGUUCAACGCGCCGCUGGCUCACCAGAUGAUGGCCGGCGCCGACGUGCUGGCGGUCACCAGCCGCUUCGAGCCCUGCGGCCUCAUCCAGCUCCAGGGAAUGCGCUACGGAACGCCGUGCGCCUGCGCGUCGACAGGCGGGCUCGUCGACACUAUCGUGGAAGGCAAGACCGGGUUCCACAUGGGCCGCCUCAGCGUUGACUGCAACGUGGUGGAGCCGGCCGACGUGAAGAAGGUGGUCACCACCCUGAAGCGCGCCGUCAAGGUCGUCGGCACGCCGGCGUACCAUGAGAUGGUCAAGAACUGCAUGAUACAGGAUCUCUCCUGGAAGGGCCUGCCAAGAACUGGGAGGACGUGCUUCUGGAACUGGGGGUGGAGGGGAGCGAGCCCGGCAUCGUCGGCGAGGAGAUCGCGCCGCUCGCCCUGGAGAACGUCGCCGCUCCCUGAAGAGAGAAAGAAGAGGAGCUUCUGGUGCAUGGAGCAUCCGUCCAAUCUGCAGGGUUCUCGUAUGGGGAGAUAG